AUGACAGCGGGAACGGUUGUGAUCACUGGCGGAAUCCUAGCUACGGUCAUCCUCCUCUGCAUCAUCGCUGUCCUGUGCUACUGCAGGCUCCAGUAUUACUGCUGCAAGAAGAGCGGAGCCGAGGAUGCAGACGAGGAGGAGGCGGAGGAGGAGGAGCACGACCUGCCCACACCCCCCAGAGGCCCCAUCUGCAAUGCCUGCAGCUCCCAGGCCCGGGACGGCCGAGGCGGCCUGGUGCCUCUCAGCGGCGAGCCCUGCAGCCAGCCAUGCAGGGUGGCAGCCAGCCACUGUGCCACCUGCUCCCCAUACAGCUCCCCCUUUUACAUACGGACGGCUGACAUGGUGCCCAAUGGGGGCGGAGGCGAGAGGCUCUCCUUUGCUCCCACGUACUACAAGGAGGGGGGGCCCCCAUCCCUCAAACUGGCAGUGCCCCAGAGUUACCCGGUGACGUGGCCAGGCUCUGGGCGUGAGGCCUUCACCAAUCCAAGGGCUAUUAGUACAGACGUGUAA